GCGCAGUUUCGUUUUUUGGCCAACUUGUUGCUUUGCCACGGCCGUCGCAACUACAAUCGUGUUGCGCUCGUUGUGCUGUUCAGUUUUUUCAAGAACGUUUGCUGGAUUGUCCCAGCUUUCUUCUACAAUGUCCUACUCUCUGCCGGUGGCCAUCG